AUAUUUUCAGAAACAGUGAAAAUUUGAUGAAUGAUCGCAGACACUCGCUUCGAGAGGCAUCAAUCCAUGGGGCAAAAUGAGUCCUUUGGCACCAGGCGUGUUGGCGAAACUCACCGGCAAAAUCGCCAAUCUCAAUCCGUUCAACCAACUAUCUGAUUCUAUUUGCUUGACUAGCACCAAUACUCGGCCACAAUGGGAAGAAGUCCCAGAAGCUGCCAGUGCCCUAGUGCGCGAGCUGGAACAACUCUAUUGGGAUGGUAUCCGGCGCGAGCUCAUUGAAGUGAUCCGCACGCUGAAGGCGUGGCAACAUGCGGAUCUCCGCGACGUAGAGCUGAAUGAAGAAAAAGAUGGUGUCGAGAUUUGUGGGUUCGAUACUUUCCUCGACCAAGUCAGCGAAAGCUCGCGCGAGUUUGCCGUCGACUAUGCAACGCAGAGGGCUCGAGCCAUGCAACGAACGGCACGAGGCGAGUUCGUUCCAUACGAGAUGACCCUACAAAGUCUAGCACGUAAGCUAUACGCGAAUGACCAAAGCCGCGCUCUCAAGGAAGAGAUUCUCAAAGCUGCAAAUAAUACAGCCUUGGGAAGAGAAGACAAAGUCAAGAUGAGAGCAAGAAUGCUGCUCCAGUCAGCUGCUUGGCUGGACAUGGACAAAUUCAUUGAGCAUCGGCCGCCACUGGACGAGCUCGGGUUUUGGAAGCGCCCUGCCCCACCCCAGCUUGCCCUUCAGGGGUUCGACCAGAAUCUUCAGCCCCUGCUUCGGCCUGUCCGCUGCGUACUCUGUCUCCUUGCCAUCCGUGGAACCAUGUUUCGCUGCACAGUUCCCGACUGUACAGAUAAGGGUGGUGAAGGCUUCAUUUGCCAAGCAUGUCAGCAUGAAGGGCGGCAUCCCGACAACCACCUCGUCAAGCAACACAAAAGAUGCGUUCUUGAUCACCAGGAGUCACUUAUUAGUCCGUCAAUGAGUCGUCAGCUCUGUCAAUGUACCACAGUAGCACGCUUUGACGACGAUGGGUUCCCUCGGGCCUUGUUUCCAGUACUUAAAACAGAUCAUCACCGGGCCACGACUAAGGGCGGUGUGUCUUGCUGUUUGCUUGAGCUGCCUAGUGCCAUAGCCGAAGCCAAGUACCAAGGCAUUGCUGUCCUGAAGACAGAUGAGAAAACAAGCCUCCGAGACCAGCGCCGGUGGAGGGAGGAGGCAGCUCGCAAGGCAGAAGAAAAGACAAAAAGAGUAGAGAAGCGGCAUUAUCGUUGGGACUAUGGCGCCACCGACUACCAAACAGCGACAUCCGAAACAAUCAGCGAACAACAGGCCGACCAGGACAUACCAUUUUUCAUUCGCAACAUCACGGACCGGUACCCCUUCGGUAACGUUCACAUGGCUCUUCGUGUUGGGCCGCUUGUAGUCGAGAAUGGUGUUGAACAUACCCAGGGCGGCGCCCUCAUUACCAGCCGUGACCCCCCACAAUGGCAGCUGUCACACCAAGGCACUGACCGGGACAUCGAAAAGUGUCUGUCAGUCAGUGGUGGCGAGGAAAGGCGGCUGUACAAAGCGCCCCACCGGGGUGCUCCUCGCAAACCAAAGCGGUACAAAACGGCCUUGAAGCAAGUUGUUGGCGGCCUAUUUUCGGGGUUCUGCCGCCGUGAGCUCGAAGAUCAAGUCAUCGGCCAGGUGGUUGAGGCCAGUACUGCGGAUCUCGACAACCCUGAAGACCAUCCCCGAGAAAGGGAAGCGGCGUGGGAAGCUGCCGUGUCGCCGACGCUUGAGAAUCUGCGCUUGUUAAUGCAUUCGCGCGUGCGGCUCAUGCUGUCGAGCAUUGCUAGAAAGCUGCUGGAUGACACUGUUGACUUGAAGUGGGACAGACGGCACAAUAACUGCCAGAAUUUCUGCGACAACAUGAUCGACUAUUCCGUCUACGGAGCUUUUCUUGCACCAUCACCGCUUGAACACGAUGACCCGCCGCCAUACCUGAUGAGCUUUGUCUGUCGCCCAGGAAGCUACACACGCGAGCGUGCCGGAAGGGCCCGCACCAAGUUCGAUGUCCCCUCAGGACUCUGCGAGGAAUACCUGCUCAAGUUUCGGUACGGACUUCACGUCGACUCGGACAUCGUGGAUUCAUUGCUUGAGUACUGGUACGACUGGGGAGCCUUUGGCGGACCACUGUACCCCUACCAGGAUCUGUUCCCCUGGGACUGCACCGAAGCCUAUGGUAGAUCGAACCUCGUCUGUGGUGCCGGAGAGAACCACAACAUCGCCAAACACGUGUGGAGCUUUCCGUUCGACUCGUGGUCCAUCAUCGAGCUGCACCUCACCCGAAGUCGACUGAUGUACGACCAAGGCGCACAAACGCAGUCGGAGUGGAUGAAGAACCGGUUAACGGUCUUGUCAGCAGAGAAUACGCUUCUGGAGGGGGCUAAGGCAAUGGCAAACAGCGCGUCGUUUCAGGCGUCGACGGCGUGGAUGGCGGAGCACGAAGACGCGCGCAUGGAUCGGUACAAGCUUGGAGGCAUCCACCGCGCUCAGCCAUUCAGCCAUCAUUAUGAGGAGGGAAAGUACCACGAAUAUUUCAUUGCUGACUGGGCGCAUCUGUGCCGCGAUGACCAGAUCGCCGAGUACGAGGCCAUUCGCGAGAUGCGGCGCCAGCUGGCCGACAUGCCCGAAGAUUCUGGGUCGGGAAGUGCUGGCUUAACGGGUGGGCGGGGAGGCGAUGAUAGCAUGAUGGGAUUGGGGUUGAUUCUGGCUGGGUCGUGUGCAGCUGUUGCUCUUUUUGGUUCUUAUUUUACCGACGGCUGGGAUGGGUCGUAUGAGUCAACGGAGACCAUGUCUCCUGGGGAUCAGGCUAUGGAAGGGACAGUGGAUCCCGAUUAUUCCGCUGACACCUCUGGGGGCGGUGGGGAUUACAGUUGUGGUGGUGAUGGUGGAUCUGGGGGAGGCUGUGGAGGUUGAUACGACAAUCUCCUCGGUGCCUUAAUGCGUAGUACGGAUGUCCCAUGAAAGCGCUGUUGAUUUCUUUCGCUGUUACUAGAAUGAAAUUGAACAUGAAAAAACCUUGGGACGCUGGAGAGACAGGAGAAAACCGAGAGGCAGGCGCUCCAAGGAUAAGAAGGCACCUACUCCAACAGGAGGGAGGGACCAACGAAUGGUGCCACCGCACCUUCCUAUGUAUCACAGCAUCAACGAAUCACUUCGGCUCAUUCUGCCAGACAGGUAGGAACAUUCGCAACCUGAACGAAUCUCCGACACGC